GAAGAAAGACGACGUAGCUGGAGGAGGAGGAGUAGCUGGCAGAGAGAGGGCAGCUGAGGAGCUGGGGGCGAUGCCAAAUGCCAUUAUUGGAAACUGUCGUAGUCAUAAGAUUUGCAUAGCAUAGCAAUAGGCAUCAUGAAAGGCCCAAGCGUGAUAAGCACAACAACAACAACAACAACUCCAACAAAAGUAUCUCAAGCGUUUGUAACAAAAACGACAACACCAAUACCAAUACAAACUACAAUAACGGCAAAUGCGAGAGCUCACAAAAUGGUUAACAAAGGGAACGCUGACAAUAUUAACGGUGAAAUGUGCGAUCCGUUCGCCUGAAAAAAAAAAAAAAACUGAGCCAGAUACACUAUUAUGCAGAUAUUCGAACCGAGUGAGAGCGAGAAGGAUAUGCAGCUGCCCUAAGGAUAACACAGGCAGCAUUCCAGCAUCUAUAGAUAGUGGCAGCAGCAGCAACAACUAACCAAAACGACGACAAUCAGUCAAGAUGAGUGAUGAUCAAACAGCGUCCAACGAUGAGAAAGCUGUCGCCAAGCACCAAGUCGUCGCGUACACCCAAAAGUCGCAGGUCAAGCACGAGAACCGGCACAUCCAGCUGGUGCGGGAGUAUGGCUUCCAUCCGCGCACCAAGGCCUCCGUGGAGGAUGGGGAUGUCCUGCCCCGCAAGUUCGAGCCCUUUCCGGAGCACAUGUACGGCAAGCCGCUCGAGGAGAUUGACACCUUCAUCUACGAGGAGACAUUCUGUGUGGUGUCAAAGCGAUUCCGGAAAAACUACAUCCACCGCUUUACGGGAACCAAGAGCCUAUUCCUGUUCCAUCCCUGGAGCCCGGCGCGACGCGUGUGUGUCUACAUUGCCACCAACCAGUUCUUCGACUACUGCGUUAUGGCGACCAUCCUGUUCAACUGCAUCUUCCUGGCCAUGACGGAGACGGUGGAGGAGGCGGAGUACAUCUUCCUGGCCAUCUACAGCAUCGAAAUGGUCAUCAAAAUAAUAGCCAAAGGCUUCUUGCUCAACAAGUAUACGUACCUGCGCAAUCCAUGGAAUUGGCUGGACUUUGUGGUCAUAACCAGUGGAUAUGCCACAAUUGGAAUGGAGGUGGGCAACCUGGCCGGGCUGCGCACCUUUCGCGUUCUGCGCGCCCUCAAAACGGUGUCCAUUAUGCCGGGUCUGAAGACGAUCAUCAACGCAUUGCUGCACUCCUUCCGCCAGUUGGCCGAGGUCAUGACGCUAACAAUCUUCUGCCUCAUGGUGUUCGCUCUGUUCGCCCUGCAGGUCUACAUGGGGGAGUUGCGAAACAAGUGUGUGCGCCAGGUGCCAUCAGACUGGACGAACGUCUCCCACUUGGACUGGCAGAUAUGGGUCAACGACACUGACAACUGGCUCUACGACGAGGAGGAGCUGCCCGUUUUGUGCGGAAACCUCACGGGAGCCCGUCACUGUCCCAUGGAAUAUGUGUGCCUCUGCGUGGGGGAGAAUCCCAACCAUGGAUACACCAAUUUCGACAACUUCAUGUGGUCCAUGCUGACCACCUUUCAGCUGAUUACCCUGGACUAUUGGGAGAACGUUUACAACAUGGUUCUAGCCACCUGCGGCCCCAUGAGCGUUUCCUUCUUCACGGUGGUGGUGUUCUUUGGAUCCUUCUACCUGAUCAACCUGAUGCUGGCUGUAGUGGCUUUGAGCUACGAGGAGGAGGCGGAAAUAACGAAUGAGGAACGCAAGAAAGACCUGCUGGACCACCGUGACGACUCGACCUUUAGCUUCGACCCUUCGGUGUUGAAUGUGAAAAAGCUUAACAAGAAUAACAAAAAGAAGAUUGACUCAAGGAAGGGUGUCCUCUUGGCCUCCUACAGCAAAAAGAAGACUCGACGAAAAAGGCAAAGGGCGGCAAGGGAUGCGGGAGCCACCAAUGGCAACGGAAGCGGAAGCAACGGCAACGAACCCGGCAAGUCCCAUUCGGCCACGCCGAGUCCAGGACCCAGUCCACGUCACAGCGCCUCGGAUCGCCCCUCGGCCCUAGCACUGCAGGCCCAGAAGCAGUACCAGCAAAUGGAACAGGCCAAGGCCAGCGGAGCAGCCACAAGCACUGCCACCACUGCGCCCACGCCCAAGGCCAAGAUCAGCUUCCAAGACAGCGGAGUGGGCGUGGGAGUAAAGAACCCCAACAUGCUGUAUCCAUCCGACUACAAGGGCCAGCUCAUCGUGAGCAGCCGGCAAACCAGCUCCAAUUCAAGUGGCGUUAAUCGCGAAUCCUCGCAGGAUGACUCGGGCGUUGUGGACGACCACGAGGAGCAGGACACAGCUAACGAGUUGGGGCAUGUGUCCACCGUGGAGCUGGCUCUCUCUCCGCGCGAAGUGCGCCUCAUAAAGUGCAAUGGAAACAUAGCCCGAAUCAAGAAUCACAACGUUUAUGCGUUGCACCAGGAGUUCUCCUCAGAGGUGGUUGUUAUCGACGAUCUUCCUGAUCGAAACUGCGACCGCUGCGUUCAUUGCUGCACCGACUACGAGAGCUGGCUGCAGUUCCAGAACUGCCUUUACAAAGUGGUGCGGGAUCCCCUGUUCGAACUGGCCAUUACAUUGUGCAUAGUGUUGAACACCGCGUUUCUGGCCAUGGAACACCACGGGAUGAGCGAGAGCUUCCGCAAUGCCCUGGAUGUGGGCAAUAAGGUCUUUACGUCCAUUUUCACCUUCGAGUGCAUCGUUAAACUGAUGGCCUUGUCCAAGGACUUUUUCCUGUGCGGCUGGAACAUCUUCGACCUGCUCAUUGUGACCGCCAGUCUCCUGGACAUCAUCUUCGAGCUGGUAGACGGUCUCAGUGUUCUCCGUGGACUUCGAUUGCUGCGGGUAUUGAAACUGGCCCAGUCUUGGACCACAAUGAAGGUGCUGCUGAGCAUUAUCAUAUCGACCAUCGGGGCCCUGGGUAACCUCACGCUGAUCCUGGUCAUAGUCAUCUACAUAUUUGCUGUCAUCGGAAUGCAAUUGUUCUCCAAAGACUAUACACCCGAGAAGUUUGACCCGGAUCCAGUGCCAAGAUGGAACUUCAACGACUUCUUUCACUCCUUCAUGAUGAUAUUUCGCAUUCUGUGCGGUGAAUGGAUCGAGCCCCUGUGGGAUUGUAUGCGUGCCGAGGAGGAGCAAGGAGCCUCCACCUGCUUCGCCAUCUUCCUGCCGACGCUAGUGAUGGGAAACUUCAUGGUGCUCAACUUGUUCUUGGCCUUGUUGCUCAACAGCUUCAACUCCGAGGAACUGAAGUCGAAGAAAGAGGAGGUGGGCGAAGAAUCAAAGCUGGCUAGGAGCAUCGAGCGCGUCCGCGACCUGAUCCGCAAGAAGCGCCAGGAGCGCAAGGAUCGAAAGGAGCGCAAAUAUGCGGAGAAAUUCCAGCAGAUCGUCCUGGAGGCCCAGCAGCAGGCUCACGCCCAGGCCCAGUCCGAUCAGGCUUUGGGGGUGCUGGAGCGGGGCGACAAGUCAGGUGGCGGUGUGCUGGUCGAGACAAAGUUCCACAGACUGAGCUACCAGGAGUCGAUGAAUCGUCCUGUUUCUGGCUCGGACUUUGGCUUCCAGAUACCUCUCAGAGACGGCCUGCACACCAUAGUCGAUGGCCUCGAGUACGAGGACUCUCAUGGCCUGUCGGAGCAGAUCCCGAUGCAAGACCACCCACUGCCACCGAAUCCGGACUCGCUGCCUCCCACCUACGAAACCGCCAUGCUGACCGCCGCCGUCGCCUCCGCAUGUCCGUCAUCGAAUGGAAACGGACACAACCUGACACCCUAUCGACUGCAGCACCAGAUCUCCUCGGGCGUGAGCACCCAGCAGAACGACUCCCGCGACGAGGCCACCUACACAGAGUCCAUUGAGCUGCGGCUGCUGGGCCAGUACAACUCCACGGACACGGAUCCCUAUGGCAACGAUCAGAGAAGUGGCUGUGGCUCCUUCAACCGGGGCGACUCCCUACAGGACAGGAGCUGCGAUGAGCACGACGAGGCCUAUCUGAAGUACCAAAAGUCCUUGCUGACGCGCUCGCCCAGCUACCGGAAGUCCCUAGACCGCCUGUCACAGUCCAGCGGGCAGUCGCAGCGAUCGCUCCUCAAAUCCGAGGAGGCCGAGAUGCGGCGGCACUCCCUCAGCGGCCAUUCUCUCAACUCCAUUUCCAUUGAGCAGGACGAGCUGCUGUCGCAGCAGGGUAAUCUCCGCGAGGAGUUGCUCAACUGUGACCAGAAGGAACUCUUCCAGUUUCUGCAGCUGGAUGAGGACGAGCUAAAGGGCAGCAACCUUAGCUGCAUCUCCAGUGCCAUGCGAUCGCGCCGCUCCUCCGGCCAGAUGGGGGGCCACCCCUCGGAGACCGAGCCCUCGGAGUUUGACAAUAUCAUACAGAGUUUCGAAAAGGAGCUGGAGGAGAUCAAGCGCUCUACCACCUCGCUAGAGCGCAAGCUCUCCACGCUCUCGGAGCCGUCGCCGGCUGCCGAUGAGGCCACUAAGGCUAUAAUGGACCACAUUGCCAUCAUCACGGGAGCCUCGGAUCGCACGACAGCCGACGAGGUGGUGCAUCCGCUAAACCCGUACGACAGCUACGAUUUGUCCAGCGUCCCCAGACGCUCCCAGUCCGUUAGUUCCGCCGCCCAGCGCCAGUCCGUGAAGCUGAAGCGGCGCAGCCUGGAGAAGCAGCGCAAGAUCGACGAGGACUUCAGCAUCUCGAAUGAAAUCCGCAAAAUCUGUGAUCAAAUCCACGCACCCUUUGCGGCCAUGGAGGCGCUGGCGGUAGCGGCCACCAGUCAGACUGCCUCCCAGGCCAGUAGCCAGUCGCCCUUCCUCCGCAGGAAGAUCGACCCCUUUACGGUGCAGUUUGAUCGCUUCAAGCGGCUGUCGCUGAUCGAGCGAGUGGAGGAGCUGCCGGAGGACGAGAAGCCCAUUUCCACGCUGCGCAUCGAGUCAGAGAAGAUGCCGCGAAAGUUUCUCCCCGGCCAUCUGGACAGCCUCUCGCUAAAGAGCACUUCCUCGUAUGAGAACCUUCUCCUCCAGAAACAGAAGCUGGUGCCCGCCACGCCACCCACCUCCUUGAAAUCGAGCAUUGAGCCUCCGACACUGGCGCAAAUUUCAUCGCUCAAGGCCACACCGCCGCUGGCUGCUCUUACGGAGCACCAGCAGCACUUCCAUGCCACCAGCCUCCAGCAGGCACAAGCACCUUCCACUCAAGGCCCGCAGGCACCGCAUCCGCACGCACGUAGAAGCCGCCCGGAGCAUCCACAACCCAGUCUAGACAAAGCUGCCUCUUUCCAGUCGGCGCGCACCGAAUCGCACAGCUCGGGAGCAGCUGAGACCAGCUCAGCCCUCGGCCUGACCCUCAAUCUGGGUCAGAAGACACCCCAAGACUGCCAGUCCAGGUUAGAGCAGGCCAUAGCUUCGGAGCCGACACAGAAGCCGUCGGCGUUCUCGCGACUGACUGAAAAACCAUGGCAUUGUCUGGUUUCCUACGUAGACGAUCUCACCGUUGGUGGGAGGCGUAACUCGCAGGGAGCCUACAAUGAUCCCAUGACUUUUCCGAGCUUCGGGGCCACCAAGCCGCCCAAGGUGCCCGAUGACUGUUUCCCCCAAAAGUGCUACGAUCACUUCUACUUCCGAUGCCCCUGGUUCAUGAGCUGCAUGGACACGCAGAGCGCCAAGCACUGGACUCGGGUGAGGACAGCGGUCUUGACGGUUGUCGAUACUCCGGCCUUUGAGUGGUUCGUCCUGGUGCUGAUCUUUGCGUCGAGUAUCACGCUCUGCUUCGAGGACAUCAACCUGGACAAGAACAAGACUCUCAAGCGCGUUCUCUACUGGAUCAACUUCUCCUUCUGCCUGAUCUUCGUCGUGGAGAUGAUUCUCAAGUGGCUGGCGCUGGGCUUUUCCAAGUACUUUACCAGCUUCUGGACCAUACUCGACUUCAUCAUAGUGUUUGUCUCCGUGUUCUCGCUGCUCAUCGAGGAGAACGAAAACCUGAAGGUACUGCGAUCCCUGCGCACCCUACGUGCCCUCCGUCCUCUGAGAGCCAUAUCUCGGUGGCAAGGAAUGCGGAUUGUAGUAAACGCUCUCAUGUAUGCAAUACCAUCAAUUUUCAAUGUCCUUUUGGUUUGUUUAGUUUUUUGGUUGAUCUUCUCAAUAAUGGGUGUUCAGUUUUUUGGUGGUAAAUUUUUCAAGUGCGUCAAUGAGUUGGGCGAGUUGCUGCCCAUCACCGAGGUGAACGACAAGUGGGACUGCAUCGAACAGAACUACACUUGGAUCAACUCGAAGAUCACCUUCGAUCAUGUGGGCAUGGGAUAUCUGGCCCUGCUUCAGGUGGCCACCUUCGAGGGAUGGAUGGAGGUGAUGGCGGACGCCGUGGACGCCCGGGGAGUGGACCUCCAGCCGCAGCGGGAGGCCAAUCUAUAUGCGUAUAUUUAUUUUGUUAUUUUUAUUGUCUGCGGCUCGUUCUUUACUCUCAAUCUGUUCAUUGGAGUUAUCAUUGAUAACUUCAACAUGCUCAAGAAGAAGUAUGAAGGAGGAGUGUUGGAAAUGUUUCUCACCGAAUCUCAAAAACACUAUUACACGGCCAUGAAAAAAUUGGGACGAAAGAAACCACAGAAAGUUAUUAAGCGACCUAUAAAUCAUUUUUUAGCUAUGUUUUAUGAUUUAUCCAAUUCGAGAAGGUUCGAAAUCGCGAUCUUUGUACUGAUUUUUCUCAAUAUGCUAACCAUGGGUAUCGAGCACUACGACCAGCCCCACGCUGUCUUCUUCAUUCUGGAAGUGAGCAACGCCUUCUUCACCACCGUGUUCGGACUGGAGGCCAUUGUCAAGAUCGUGGGCUUGCGCUACCACUACUUCACCGUGCCCUGGAACGUUUUCGACUUCCUGCUGGUGCUGGCCUCCAUCUUUGGCAUCCUGAUGGAGGACAUCAUGAUCGACCUGCCCAUCAGCCCCACUUUGCUGCGCGUGGUGCGAGUGUUCAGGAUAGGACGCAUCCUGCGCCUCAUCAAGGCAGCCAAGGGCAUCCGGAAGCUGCUGUUCGCCCUGGUCGUGUCCCUGCCCGCCCUCUUCAACAUCGGAGCUCUGCUGGGACUGAUCACGUUUAUCUAUGCCAUCCUGGGCAUGUCGCUCUUCGGCCACGUCAAGCUCCAGGGAGCCCUCGACGACAUGGUGAACUUCCAGACGUUCGGCCGCAGCAUGCAGCUGCUCUUCCGGCUGAUGACCUCCGCCGGAUGGAACGAUGUACUGGAGUCCCUUAUGAUCCAGCCGCCGGACUGCGACCCCUUCAUCCUGGGACAGACCAACGGCGACUGUGGCCAUCCUCUGCUGGCGAUCACCUACUUCACCAGCUUCAUCAUCAUCAGCUACAUGAUAGUGAUCAACAUGUACAUAGCCAUCAUCCUGGAGAACUUCAACCAAGCGCAUCAGGAGGAGGAGAUCGGCAUCGUCGAGGACGACUUGGAGAUGUUCUACAUUCGCUGGUCUAAAUAUGAUCCACAUGCCACCCAAUUUAUACACUUCUCGCAACUGUCCGAUUUUAUUGCCUCUCUCGAUCCACCAUUGGGCAUCUCGAAGCCCAAUAAUGUCGCUCUAGUGUCAUUUAAUCUGCCCAUUUCGAAGGGCAAUAAAAUACACUGUCUCGAUAUUUUGCACGCGCUCGUGAAGCACGUGCUAGGUCAUGUCGAGGAGACCGAUAACUUCAAACAGUUGCAGGAACAAAUGGAUGUCAAGUUUAAGAAACAGUUUCCAACGCGCAAAGAAUUGGAAAUUGUUUCGUCGACGCGGAUCUGGAAGCGCCAGGAAAAGGCGGCCAAGACCAUUCAGACGGGCUGGAAGGAGUAUUUGCGGCGGAAGCGCGAGAAGGAGCGCUCGAACUCCGGGGACAGUGCCACUCAGACCUCCAGUCCUGGCGGAUGGCAGUCGAAGCUAUCAGCGCUGAACUUCUUCCACCUGCAGGUCAGUCGUCGUGGCACCGCCUGCUCCAGCCGCGCCUCGUCGCGCAAAUCAUCACGUGCCUCGGACGCCUCCGAUCUCAGCGAGCUGGCGGGGCCCUGGCUGAACCUGCCACUGAUGCUCGUCUCGGGGGCCGAUGACGUGGUCAAGGACAUCAAGCAGCAGAGCGACGAGCUCGGCAAACGCAUAUCCUCUUGUAUCUCCCUAAACUAUGAGUCCCUGCUCGCAGACAUGGUCACUGCCGUUCUCAGAAGUGGCUCCCAGCCUAGUGGCUUGAACUACCUAGCCGCUAUGAACACCUCGACCACAACCAACACGACCACCUCCAACUCCUCCGGCACGGCCUCCUCCUCCACCGGCACUGCCGCCGCCACUGGGUGUGGCCCGCAUCCGACAGUGGCAGCCGCCUCGGCCUCGGCCUUCGCCUCCGACAGCGACCGACAGCAGGCGGUGGCACGUAAGCGCGCCACUAGUUUCAUUCGCAAGAAACCGCCCCUAGAAAGGGGCCUGUCCGCACAGAGCGCUUUAAGAGUUAACAAGAACGCUUUUGUCUCCGAGGCGCCUGCCCCCGAGGUGAUCGUCACGAAACCGUCGCCGGAGCAGCAGACACAUCCGCACCAGCUCUCCCUGGGCCUGCGCCCGGACAACGCCACGCUGGUGCACGUGCUGGUGCAUCGCGAGAGCGAGGAGUACAAGGAGGAGGACGAGAGCAGCAGCCCCGCCUCGUCGCCGGUCAGCGGAAACGGAAAUGGGGCUAAGCAGCCGCCACCACAGAUCCGCAUCAGCACGGGGUCGGUGGAGAGCAGCAACAUGGAUACGUGUCCCAUGCCCACGGUUCAGAUAAUGGUGGACAGUCCCAAGGAACCGCCACGCGGAGACUUCAGUGCCGAGUUCUCUGUGCCCAGGGUGGACGUGGACGCACCCAUCGACGUCAACGUGCAGGGUGAUACCUCGCAGGUGUUCUACGACUACAAUCCCGAAAGGGAUCCGGAACCUAAGGCCGAUGAUGAAACUGAAAUCGAAACUGAAAUGGAAGUAGAAACCGAAGUUGAAAUUGGAUCGCUUCCAGACGAGCAGAGAUGACCCUCGUAUCCGGUCAGGAGCAGGCAGAAGGACUCUAGCAGUGACACCAGCACCAGUACCAGCAGCUGCAGUACCAGGAGCAGCUCAUCCUCGACGAGUUGACAAGCUCCGGCCUGAGUGCCGAUGUCGAUUCCUGUCACCAAUCGUAGUUUGUUAGACUUAGGAAUAGGCUUAGGCUUAGGCUUAGGCUUAGGCAGGGGAAUCGUCACCUCUUUGUUAUCAUAGUCGAUUGCCUAUAUAUAC